GUUCUUCACCAUUUUGCUUUUCAUUUCACCAUUUUGCUUCAGCCUUCUAUACAUCAUCUUCUGUUCUCAGACCUUAAAACUUGCUCUCUUAUCUUGGUUUCCUUUGCCCAAAUACAAAUUCCUAACAAACCCAUCAUCAAUUCCUCUUCUUCUGCCCAAAUUAUCAAAAGGGUCGUCUAAUUCGAUUAGUGAAUUUGCAGUAUGCGCGCGUUAGCAACCAAGCUCAGCACAUGUGCAAAGCAUUACUGUACAAGAAACCCUAUACGACAUGGGCAGCCUCGCAAUUUCUCAUCUUUCAACGCAAGAGAUGAGCUUUCACUUGAACAAGAAGCCGAUAGGAAAAUCGGGUGGUUGUUAAAGUUGUUGUUUGCUGGGACUGCCACUGCUGUGGCUUACAACAUCAUGCCAUACAUGGGGGAAAAUCUGUUGCAACAGUCGUUGUCGCUUUUGCAAGUGAAGGAUCCUUUGUUUAAGAGGAUGGGAGCUUCUAGAUUAGCUCAGUUUGCGGUUGAUGAUGAAAGGAGGAUGAAAAUAGUGGAGAUGGGUGGAGCUCAGGAACUUAUAAAUAUGUUGGGGAAUGCUAAAGAUGACAAAACAAGGAAGGAAGCUUUGAAAGCUCUUUCAGCUAUUUCACAAUCAGAUCAAGCUCUUGGAGCUUUACACCAAGCAGGGGCAAUCUCAAUCAUCCGAGCUGCCCCUGAUUCCUUGGACCAUGCUGAGAUCAAGAGAUACAAGUUGGGGUUACUCCAGAGAUUUGAAGAUAUGAGAUAUGAUAUUCCUCCUCAAGAUGUAUCAACUUCCUAGUAUCCUGGUGCUGCAAUUCAAAUCUGAUGAAAUGUCAUUUCUGUAUGCGCAUGCCCUUUUGUAAGGAUAGAUUUAUAAGCCUUGUAGUUUUAUUUGUUUAGUUCUUUAAAUGUAAUAAAUAGUGUCUGAGAUCAGACAAUUGGCUUCAAUUUUCUUAUGAUUCAUGAUCAGUGGAG